AAGUAAUGGUCAGUAUAUCUAUCCUCAGUCAUUUGUUGAUUAAUAAAUUAAGGUAGGAGGUGAGAUGGAGUUAGCACAUGUUUCCCCUCUCAAAAUUUGGACAAUGUUCAAGAAACCUGAUUUGUUCACAGAAUUGACCUUUGAUAAAAGGAAGAGCCUACUUGAAAGGGCAUUUUGAUGCUUUUGGUAACCUAGGGUCUUUGGCAGUUAUUGUCAAGAAAGCUUUUCUGUUGUUGUUUUUUGUUGUAGAAACUUUCCUAGGAAGGUAUCGGUAGGCUUGAGUGGCUUGUCAGCCCCUCAUAGCCAACCAACUUUGAUAUUGCACAGAUGCUACCGCUUUGUGAGUUCGAACAGCCAGGCUGACAACGUAAAAUAGGUGCUGUAUCUGGCCUAUAAAUUUAACAUUGUUUUGUUAAAAAGAAAUUGGGACUUUAACACAGCCGUAAACAGCUGCAAUUUCAGGCCUUAAGAAAGGAUGAAGAAAGGCAUCAUUUUACUGUUAAUACAAGAAUGUGUGUUACAGUUAGCCAUGGCACGCCUGAAUUUGACUCUUACCAGAACUGUGUGUGGUGAUUACUACAACAUGGAUGAUAUAGGGGAAUCAUAUUUGACAUAUAAUGGAGCGCAAGUAGUAUUUAUGGAGGAGUGUAGGGUGCAGUUCCAGAACUAUAAAACAUAUGCCAAACAAACCUGUGUUAAACUAUUGAGUAUAAAUUUUGGCAGCUGCGCUACAACGAUGGAAUAUUAUAAUAGUGGCUAUUUUUCACAAUAUGUGAAGCCAGAGAAACGAUUUUCUUGUCAAGAUUAUUCUUAUGAUGAAUGGUGUGGGGAUACAAGGACAGAUAUUUUAAAUAUAGUGUUCCGGACAUCCCUAGAAAGAUCUAGGGAUAGUAUACAACUACAUGUGUAUCUUAAAGACUUACCAAAAGAAGAUGAUCCAUGGGAGACAGAUUCAUCUACUGACGUUGGUUUAAUUAUUCCAGCGGUGUGUGCGGUGGUAGUGCUGAUAACAAUAUCUUCGAUUGUUAUAGCAUGCAAAGUUGCCCAGGCACGAAGAAUGCAGUCAUUGCCGAGAACUCCAUAUUCGUAUCAAACUACUAGUGGACCAGGGAAUACACAAACAGCUCCAGGAGAUAUGAAUUCACCACAGCCGAUAUCUGGUUACCAGUCUCCACAGCAAUAUCAGUCCCAACCUCCAACACAAGGCAGCUACCAGCUGCAUCCUAUGCAAAGUGCUUAUCCAAUUAAUCAACAGCAGGGAUCUAAUCAAGUGCCUGGCUACCAGCCUGUACCGCAGGCUGAUUCUGGACUCCAGAACCCUGCUGGUUUUCAGCAACCAUCAGCACCACCUCCAGAUGUCAGUACAGAUGCCCCACCAUCAUAUGAAAGUGUUACAAAGUAACGUUUCUGUGAAUGCAAGACCUGGCAGAAAACAUUUAUUAGUCCCCAACUGGUUGAAAACCAGUUUCUGGGACUAUAGGAAUGCACUUUUCCAUCCGUCAUUUAGUCAGUCUGCAAUUUCGUGUCCGGUCCAUACCUCUGUCAUUUAUCAAGGGAUUUUAAUAUUACUUGACACCAAUGUUCCCAAAGAUGAGACAAUGUGUCAUGUGCAAAACCUGUACCCCUGGCUCAAAGGUCAAGGUCACAAUUGGAGGUCAAAGGUCAACGGAGCUUUUUUUCCUGUCAGGUCCAUUACUCUGCCAUCCAUGAAGGGAUUUUAAUAUUACUUGGCACAAAUAUACCUCAUAAUAAGAUGAUAUAUCAUGCACAACUUUCAGACCCCUGGCUCAAAGGUCAAAGCCACACUUGGCAGUCAAAUGUUUACAUGGCAUGAACAGGGUCUGUUUCUUGUCCGGUCCAUAACUCUGUCUUUCAUCAAGGGAUUUUAAUAUUACUUGACAAAAAUAUUCCCAAAGAUGGGACAACUUGUCAUAUGCAAAACCCGGACCCUUAGCUCAAAGGUGAAGGUCACAAUUGGCGGCCAAAGGUCAACAGGGUUUUUCCUGUCUGGUCCAUAAUUCUGUCAUCCAUCAAGGGAUUACUAUAUUACUUGGUAUAAAUUCCCCAUGAUGAGAUGGAGAUCAAAGGUCAUUAGGAUUUUUCCUGUGUCUAUAACUUUGUCAUGCUAAAAGGAUUUAAAUAUCAGUUGACACAAAUAUUCCUCUGGAUGAGACAACAUGUCAUUUACAAUACCCAGGCCCUUGGCUGAAAGGUCAAGGUCACACUCGGAAGUCAAAGGCCAAGGGCUUUUUUCAUGUCCAGUCUGUAACUCAACAAUCCUUAAAUGGAUUUUACCUCCAAUAUUCGGAGAAGAGUGGCUAUUCUAAACUCGCCCCAGCGUCAGCAUGAGCUUUAUUGGUUAUUUAAAGUUUUUCGGCAACCUUUGUUUUUCUGUCAUAUCUUAGUUACUAUUGCUUUUAUCUUACAGUAACUUCACAUAAACAUUUCCAGCAUACAAACAGUAUUUGCAGGGGCUGGGUCCAUUAUACUCAAGGUCAAGGUCACCAAGGUGUUAUACUUAGGUUAUUUUAAGGUUAAAGUUUUUCGGCAACCUUUGUUUUUGUGCUCCCCAUGAGUGGUGGGGGCAUAUAGAUUUGCACUUUUCCGUGCGUCCGUCCAUGCAUGCGUCUGUCCGAGGUUCGUGACACGCCUAGCUCAAAAAGUAUUUGAUAUAAAUUGGUGAAACCUUGCAUGAGUCUUUAACAUGAUAUGAAGUUGCGCACCUCCUAUUUUUCGUCUGGCUCCACCCCCUAUUUUAAGAGUUAUGGCCCCUGAAAUAGUCAAAAAUGCACAUUUUCACCUUGUGACAUGCCUAGCUCAAAAAGUAUUUGAUAUAGAUUCAUGAAACCAUGCAUCAAUCUUAAUCAUGAUACUGACUUGCGUACCUUCUAUUUUUCGUUUGGGUCAGCCCCUAUUUUCAGAGUUAUGGGCCCUGAAAUAGUUAAAAAUGCACAUUUUCACCCUGUGACGUGCCUAGCUCAAAAAGUAUUUCAUAUGAAUUGAUGAAACCUUGCACAAGUCUUUAUCAUGAUAUGAACUUGCGCACCUAAUUUUUUCUCUCUCUUUUCUCCCUAUUUUAAGAGUUAUGGCCCUUGAAAUAAUCAAAAAUGCAUAUUUUUACCUUGUGACACGCCUAGCUCAAAAAGUAUUUCAUAUAAAAUGAUGAAACCUUGCACAAGUCUUUAUUAUUAUUUGAAAUUAUGCACCUCCUAUUUUUUGUCUGCCUCCACCCACUAUUUUUAGAUUUAUGGCCCCUGAAUUAGUCAAAAAUGCACAUUUUCACCUUGUGACACAUCUAGCUCAAAAGGUAUUUAAUAUAGAUGAUUGAAAACUUGCAUGAGUCUUUAUCAUGAUAUAAACUUGCACACCUCAUACUUUCGUGCUGGUUUUGCUCUCUAUUUUUAGCUCACCUGUCACAAAGUGACAAGGUGAGCUUUAGUAAUCGCGCAGCGUCCGUCGUCCGUGCGUGCGUGCGUGCGUGCGUCAGUCCGUAAUCUUUUGCUUGUGACCACUCUAGAGGUCACAUUUUUCAUGGGAUCUUUAUGAAAGUUGGUCAGAAUGUUCAUCUUGAUGAUAUCUAGGUCAAGUACGAAACUGGGUCACGUGCCAUCAAAAACUAGGUCAGUAGGUCUAAAAAUAGAAAAACCUUGUGACCUCUCUAGAGGCCAUAUAUUUCACAAGAUCUUCAUGAAAAUUGGUCAGAAUGUUCACCUUGAUCAUAUCUAGGUCAGGUUCGAAACUGGGUCACGUGCCUUCAAGAACUAGGUCAGUAGGUCUAAAAAUAGAAAAACCUUGUGACCUCUCUAGAGGCCAUAUAUUUUAUGAGAUCUUCAUGAAAAUUGGUCAGAAUGUUCACCUUGAUGAUAUCUAGGUCAAGUUCGAAAGUGGGUCACGUGCUUUCAAAAACUAGGUCAGUAGGUCAAAUAAUAGAAAAACCUUGUGACCUCUCUAGAGGCCAUAUUUUUCAUGGGAUCUGUAUGAAAGUUGGUCUGAAUGUUCAUCUUGAUGAUAUCUAGGUCAAGUUCGAAAGUGGGUCACGUGCCAUCAAAAACUAGGUCAGUAGGUCUAAAAAUAGAAAAAACCUUGUGACCUCUCUAGAGGCCAUAUAUUUCACAAGAUCUUCAUGAAAAUUGGUCAGAAUGUUCACCUUGAUGAUAUCUAGGUCAAGUUCGAAACUGGGUCACGUGCCUUCAAAAACUAGGUCAGUAGGUCUAAAAAUAGAAAAAACCUUGUGACCUCUCUAGAGGCCAUAUAUUUCACAAGAUCUUCAUGAAAAUUGGUCAGAACGUUCCCUUGAUGAUAUCUAGGUCAAGUUCGAAACUGGGUCACGUGCCAUCAAAAACUAGGUCAGUAGGUCAAAUAAUAGAAAAACCUUGUGACCUCUCUAAAGGCCAUAUUUUCAUGGGAUCUGUAUGAAAGUUGGUCUGAAUGUUCAUCUUGAUGAUAUCUAGGUCAAGUUCGAAACUGGGUCACGUGCGGUCAAAAACUAGGUCAGUAGGUCUAAAAAUAAAAAAACUUUGUGACCUCUCUAGAGGCCAUAUAUUUUAUGAGAUCUUCAUGAAAAUUGGUCAGAAUGUUCACCUUGAUGAUAUCUAGGUCAAGUUCGAAAGUGGGUCACGUGCCUUCAAAAACUAGGUCAGUAGGUUAAAUAAUAGAAAAACUUUGUGACCUCUCUAGAGGCCAUAUUUUUCAUGGGAUCUGUAUGAAAGUUGGUCUGAAUGUUCGUCUUGAUGAUAUCUAGGUCAAGUCCGAAAGUGGGUCACGUGCCAUCAAAAACUAGGUCAGUAGGUCAAAUAAUAGAAAAACCUUGUGACCUCUCUAAAGGCCAUAUUUUUCAUGGGAUCUGUAUGAAAAUUGGUCUAAAUGUUCAUCUUGAUGUUAUUCUAGGUCAAGUUCGAAACAGGGUCAUGUGCGGUCAAAAACUAGGUCAGUAGGUCUAAAAAUAGAAAAACCUUGUGACCUCUCUAGAGGCCAUACUUGUGAAUGAAUCUCCAUAAAAAUUGGUCAGAAUGUUCACCUUGAUGAUAUCUAGGUCAAGUUUGAAACUGGGUCACGUGCCUUAAAAAACUAGGUCAGUAGGUCAAAUAAUAAAAAACCUUGUGACCUCUCUAGAGGCCAUACUUUUCAUUGGAUCUGUAUGAAAGUUGGUCUGAAUGUUCAUCUUGAUAUCUAGGUCAAGUUUGAAACUGGAUCAACUGCAGUCAAAAACUAGGUCAGUAGGUCUAAAAUUAAUAAAAUCUUUUGACCUCUCUAGAGGCCAUAUUUUUCAAUGGAUCUUCAUGAAAAUUGAUCUGAAUGUUUACCUUGAUGAUACCUAGGUCACUUUCGAAACUGGGUCACGUGCGUACAAAAACUAGGCCAGUAGGUAUAAAAAUAGAAAAACCUUGUGACCUCUCUAGUGGCUAUAGUUUUCAUGAGAUCUUCAUGAAAAUUAGUGAGAAUGUUUACCUUGAUGAUAUCUAGGUAAAGUUUAAAACAGGGUAAUGUACCUUCGAAAACUAGGUCAAUAGGUCAGAUAAUAGAAAAAUCUUGUGACCUCUCUAGAGACCAUAUUUUUCAAUGGAUCUUCAUGAAAAUUGGUCAGAAUUUUUAUCUUGAUAAUAUCUAGGUCAAGUUCAUUGAUUUUAUCAAAGUUUUCAUUCAAUGUUUCUUCUUUUCACUGUAUCGUUUCUGUAUCGUGAAACAGGCCUAUGAUAUGAUAUGUGAUAUAAUUAAUGUAUCUUGAUACAGUGAAUUUCGAUAUAUCGUUACAUCCUUACGCUGACAGUAGAACUUUAGAUAAAUUACCUUAAGUUUAACAUAGCAUAUUUCAUUUAAGGUAGUAUUGCAUGUUUGAUAAACUGGAACUUCUUCUAAAAACACUUUUAAGACUUGGACUUACACACCAGGAAUACUAUGGAGAUGUAGUUUAUAAAAUUUGGAUUUUUUUAGCUCACCUGUCACAAAGUGACAAGGUGAGCUUUUGUGAUCGUGCGUCCGUCCGUGCGUCCGUCCGUAAACUUUGCUCGUGACCACUCUAGUGGUCACAUUUUUCAUGGGAUCUUUAUGAAAGUUGGUCAGAAUGUUCAUUUUGAGGAUAUCUAGGUCAAGUUCGAAACUGGGUCACGUGUCGUCAAAAACUAGGUCAGUAGGUCUAAAAAUAGAAAAACCUUGUGACCUCUCUAGAGGCCAUAAUUUUUAAUGGAUCUUCAUGAAAAGUGGUCAGAAUGUUCAUCUUGAUGAUAUCUAGGUCAAGUUCGAAACUGGGUCACGUGCCAUCAAAAACUAGGUCAGUAGGUCUAAAAAUAGAAAAACCUUGUGACCUCUCUAGAGGCCAUAUAUUUCACAAGAUCUUCAUGAAAGUUGGUCAGAACGUUCACCUUGAUGAUAUCUAGGUCAAGUUCGAAACUGGGUCACGUGCCUUCAAAAACUAGGUCAGUAGGUCAAAUAAUAGAAAAACCUUGUGACCUCUCAAAAGGCCAUAUUUUUCAUGGGAUCUGUAUGAAAGUUGGUCUGAAUGUUCAUCUUGAUGAUUUCUAGGUCAAGUUCGAAACUGGGUCACGUGCCAUCAAAAACUAGGUCAGUAGGUCUAAAAAUAGAAAAACCUUGUGACCUUUCUAGAGGCCAUAUAUUUCACAAGAUCUUCAUUAAAAUUGGUCAGAACGUUCACCUUGAUGAUAUCUAGGUCAAGUUCGAAACUGGGUCACGUGCCAUCAAAAACUAGGUCAGUAGGUCUAAAAAUAGAAAAACCUUGUGACCUUUCUAGAGGCCAUAUAUUUCACAAGAUCUUCAUGAAAAUUGUUCAGAACGUUCACCUUGAUGAUAUCUAGGUCAAGAUCGAAACUGGGUCACGUGCCGUCAAAAACUAGGUCAGUAGGUCAAAUAAUAGAAAAACCUUGUGACCUCUCUAAAGGCCAUAAUUUUCAUGGGAUCUGUGUGAAAGUUGGUCUGAAUGGUCAUCCUGAUGAUAUCUAGGUCAAGUUUGAAACUGGGUCACGUGCGGUCAAAAACUAGGUCAGUAGGUCUAAAAAUAGAAAAACCUUGUGACCUCUCUAGAGGCCAUAUAUUUCAUGAAAUCUUCAUGAAAAUUUGUCAUUAUGUUCAUCUUGAUGAUAUCUAAGUCAAGUUCGAAAGUGGGUCACGUGCCAUCAAAAACUAGGUCAGAAGGUCAAAUAAUAGAGAAACCUUGUGACCUAACUAGAGGCCAUAUUUUCCAUGGGAUCUGUAUGAAAGUUGGUCUGAAUGUUCAUCUUGAUGAUAUCUAGGUCAAAUUUGAAAGUGGGUCACGUGCCGUCAAAAACUAGGUCAGUAGGUCUUAAAAUAGAAAAACCUUGUGACCUCUCUAAAGGCCAUAUUUUUCAAUGGAUCUUCAUGAAAGUUGGUCUGAAUGUUCAUCUUGAUGAUAUCUAGGUCAAAUUCGAAACAGGGUCAUGUGCGGUCAAAAACUAGGUCAGUAGGUCUAAAAAUAGAAAAACCUUGUGACCUCUCUAGAGGCCAUACUUGUGAAUGGAUAUUCAUAAAAAUUGGUCAGAAUGUUCACCUUGAUGAUAUCUAAGUCAAGUUCGAAAGUGGGUCACGUACCUUCAAAAAGUAGGUCAGUAGGUCAAAUAAUGAAAAAACGUUGUGACCUCUCUAAAGGCCAUAUUUUUCAUGGGAUCUGUAUGAAAGUUGGUCUGAAUGUUUAUCUUGAUGAUAUCUAGGUCAAGUUUGAAACUGGGUCAACUGCGAUCAAAAACUAGGUCAGUAGGUCUUGAAAUAGAAAAACCUUGUGACCUCUCUAGAGGCCAUACCCUUGAAUGGAUCUUCAUGAAAAUUGGUCAGAAUGUUCACCUUGAUGAUAUCUAGGUCAAAUUUGAAACUGGGUCACCUGCCUUAAAAAACUAGGUCAGUAGGUCAAAUAAUAGAAAAACCUUGUGACCUCUCUAGAGACCAUAUUUUUCAAUGGAUCUUCAUGAAAAUUGGUCAGAAUUUUUAUCUUUAUAAUAUCUAGGUCAAGUUCAAAACUGGGUCAUAUGAGCUCAAAAACUAGGUCACUAUGUCAAAUAAUAGAAAAAACGACGUCAUACUCAAAACUGGAUCAUGUGGGAAGAGGUGAGCGAUUCAGGACCAUCAUGGUCCUCUUGUUUUAUAUUUGUAAUACGAGUUAAAAAGUUCAUCAAAAGAAGAUACAAUGCGAAAAUCGUGAUGCACAGUACAUCUUUCAUGAUUAACCCCUCUACAGUUAAUUGCUACGCUUUCCUAUUUGAUGACUGAUAAAGUGUAAGACUCCAUGAUGCUUUUCUCCUACAUGCUACAUAAAACGGACGGAGGGAGUGGAAUUUUGUCUUGCAGCUUUCUUAGUCGUGCCCUUAAAAGUUAGGCUUUUAGUGCUCUUGACUUCAGACAAGUUGUUGAGUACAUUGGUGUAAUUAUACUUUAGAUUUACCUUAAUUUUACGUUUUACUUACUCUGAUCUGGGUUUAUUUUCGCUAAUGUUAGAGCCUUUCUCAGCGGGGAUUUUAUUUACAUGGUGUGUAACUUGUAAAAAUUAGGGUAAGUGCGAGGUUGGCAUGCUCUAAACGCAUUUUAAACCCCCCAGUUUCCUUUAUAUAGGUUAAUGACCAUUCUAAUGCGGUACCCCUAUUUUCAACUUGUUUUCCAUCUGCCUUGUAUUUUGUGUUGCCUUCUUAUUGCUAGCAUUUCUUUCCUCUUUCUCCUCACUCCCCCUAUCGCUCCCGUCCUUUACCCUUGCAGUUGUGCUCUCUUGUUUUGGCAUCCCUCCCCCAUGAGUAAGUUUUCGUGCCCACCUUAAUUUUGGCUGCAGGAAUCUUAAAGCAAUGUUUCCUACUUAUAUAUGUGCGUUUGUGUAUCUUGGGUAGUGCCUUACAGUGUUGUUAUAUCGUACUUGUCUGUUAGUUAGUUAUGUGUGGGUGUGAGUGUUUGUUCUUGGUACAUUAAUUUCCUGCUACUGUGGUUUAUGUUGUAGUGUAACUUUGAUUAAGGAAUGUAGCAUUCCCUUUGUAUAUUUAUCCAUGUUCUACUUUCCCCUUUAACCCCCUCCCCCACCCCCUUUCUACCCUUUACCCCAUUUUGCAUGUGUACUUGGAUUUUUGAAGUAACCCCUCUGUAAUAUUUUUCCAUUACACUUUCUUUUUGUUGUGGGCCUACUUUGCAAAUUAGUGGCUCUGGGGCUGUGUUUGUGGUGCUCUGUGUUUCCGAGAAUUCUACCCUUACCUUAUCUUUUCUAUAAUUUUCAUUAUUAUUUUUAGUAACCGUUAAUUGGUCCAGGACUGGUCUAUCAUUCAGUUUGGGCAGUACCAUUUAUUAUUCGAAGGGGAGUUUGAUGGAAGUUUAUGAACAGUGCAGACCAUGAUCAGCCUGCACGUUAAACUACUAGUACAUUGUAUAGGAUACUGAAAUAAGGAAUUUCCACAAAACUGUUAACGUCACCAACACGCAUCAUUCAAAAAUAGACACAAUAAAAAUCUGUUAACAUAGAGGAUAUUUGUUUGUUUUGAGUGAAUAUGGUAUAUAUCUCACUGAGAAGUGAGAAAAUUUCAAAUAUUUUCACGAGCGCGUAGCGCGAGUGAAAAUGUGAAAAUUUUCUCACUUCGAGGUGAGAUAUAUUCCAUAUUCAUGAAAAACAAACAAAUUUUCUUUUUAUUUUAUGCUCACUUACAUUGAGAAAUGCAUUUUGCAACUGUUUUAAUCUCAGCGUGGGAAACUGACGCACGUAAACAGACAUGACAUCAGACGUGCUGUGACGUUAUAAAGACGCAUGCAACAUAAAGUUCCAUUUUGCUGCAUAACGGUAUGGAAUUCUCUUUAAGUAAAAUAAUUUGAAUCGAGAAAUAUAUUAUUAAGAACAAAGUGCGACUAUAAUUUUCAUCCUGUUUUAAGCAAAUAAUUCAAAAUUCUUACACAAUGUAUGAGGGGGCGGAGCUCAUAUCUCUCACAGUGUGAAAAUAAAGAUUUCAUAUUUUCACAGUGUGAGCGAUGAGAUAUGAAAAUAUUUAACUGAUAGAAUACAGUAUUUCAUUAGUUAGCAUAAAAUAAAUUUCAUUAUUUAUUAAUAAUAACAAUGAAACCCAGCCUCCAGUAAAUUUUGAUAACUGUCAAUAAGCUUUUCAUACACAAAAGAGCAACAGUUAAAUGAAGAUCCAAUAAAAAAUAGUAGCUUUAUUCAGUUAUAAGUUAGAAUACAGCAGCUAUAAAACACAUGAAGUGAGAUAAUAUUUGUUUAGAAUUUGUUCAAGCCUCUUUUUAGCUCACCUGUCACAUAGUGACAAGGUUAGCUUUUGUGAUCACGCUGCGUCCGUCCGUCCUUUUGCUUGUGACCACUCUAGAGGUCACAUUUUUGUGGGAUCUUUAUGAAAGUUGGUCAGAAUGUUCAUCUUGAUAAUAUCUAGGUUAAAUUCGAAACUGGGUCACGUGCCAUCAAAAACUAGGUCAGUAGGUCUAAAAAUAGAAAAACCUUGUGACCUCUCUAGAGGCCAUAUAUUUCACAAGAUCUUCAUGAAAAUUGGUCAGAAUGUUCAUCUUGAUGAUAUCUAGGUCAAGUUAGAAACUGGGUCACGUACCUUCAAAAACUAGGUCAGUAGGUCUAAAAAUAGAAAAACCUUGUGACCUCUCUAGAGGCCAUAUAUUUCACAAGAUCUUCAUGAAAAUUGGUCACAAGUUCACCUUGAUGAUAUCUAGGUCAAGUUCGAAAGUGGGUCACGUGCCCUCAAAAACUAGGUCAGUAGGUCAAAUAAUAGAAAAACCUUGUGACCUCUGUAAAGGCCAUAUUUUUCAUGGGAUCUGUAUGAAAGUUGGUCUGAAUGUUCAUCUUGAUGAUAUCUAGGUCAAGUUCGAAACUUGAUCAUGUGCGCUCAAGAACUAGGUCAGUAGGUCUAAAAAUAGAAAAACCUUUUGACCUCUCUAGAGGCCAUACUUGUGAAUGGAUCUCCAUAAAAAUUGGUCAGAAUGUUCAUCUUGAUGAUAUCUAGGUCAGGUUCGAAAGUGGGUCACGUGCCUUUAAAAAGUAGGUCAGUAGGUCAAAUAAUGAAAAAACGUUGUGACCUCUCUAGAGGCCAUAUUUUUCAUGGGAUCUGUAUGAAAGUUGGUCUGAAUGUUUAUCUUGAUGAUAUAUAGGUCAAGUUUGAAACUGGGUCAACUGCGAGCUAGGUCAGUAGGUCUUGAAAUAGAAAAACCUUGUGAUCUCUCUAGAGGCCAUACCCUUGAAUGGAUCUUCAUGAAAAUUGGUCAGAAUGUUCACCUUGAUGAUAUCUAGGUCAGUUUUGAAACUGGGUCUCGUGCCUUAAAAAACUAGGGUCAGUAGGUCAAAUAAUAAAAAAACCUUGUGACCUCUCUAGAGGCCAUACUUUUCAUGGGAUCUGUAUGAAAUUUGGUCUGAAUGUUCAUCUUGAUGAUAUCUAGGCCAAGUUUGAAACUGGGUCAACUGCAGUCAAAAACUAGGUCAGUAGGUCUAAAAUUAGACAAAUCUUUUGACCUCUCUAGAGGCCAUAUUUUUCAAUGGAUCUUCAUGAAAAUUAAUCUGAAUGUUCACCUUGAUGAUAUCUAGGUCAGUUUCGAAACUUGGUCACGUGCGGUCAAAAACUAGGCCAGUAGGUAUAAAAAUAGAAAAACCUUGUGGCCUCUCUAGAGGCCAUAUUUUUCAUGAGAUCUUCAUGAAAAUUAGUGAGAAUGUUCACCUUGAUGAUAUCUAGAUAAAAUUCAAAACAGGGUCACGUACCUUCGAAAACUAGGUCAAUAGGUCAAAUAACAGAAAAACCUUGUGACCUGUCUAGAGACCAUAUUUUUCAAUGGAUCUUCAUGAAAAUUGGUCAGAAUUUUUAUCUUGAUAAUAUCUAGGUCAAGUUCAAAACUGGGUCACAUGAGCUCAAAAACUAAGUCACUAUGUCAAAUAAUAGAAAAAACGACGUCAUACUCAAAACUGGGUCAUAUGGGAAGAGGUGAGCGAUUCAGGACCAUCAUGGUCCUCUUGUUUAAUAUUUCUUAAGUAUAGCAGCAGCUCAAGGCCAGAAAUUCAAGAUUGUGAACCCUGAAAACAGGCAAAGUGGAGUAUUUAUUCCUCCCAGUUUUCACAAAAAUAAGUGUGGAAGCGCACAUUUUAAGUGCACACUCAAAAAUGUGAGGAUAUGUGAACUCCAUCCAUUAUAGAUAAAUGUGAACCCAGCUUCACCGAAAAAAAAAGCUCUGGAAGUGUGGAAGCUGUGAACUACAGGAAACAAAAGCCAAUAUUUCUGUUAAUAAUCUAAAUGAUUAUAACAUCAACUUUCCAGAUAAGGGAGUUUCUUGCAAGCAUAAUGAUAUGUGUUCUAAAUUCUUUUCUGUAUUCAGCAGUGUAAACAAAGUCUAGGCAGUAGUUGCUAACCAACUACCCAUAAUGCAUUGCAAGUACAACAACAACAGCAUGUCUGCAAAACCAGAAAGUCACUUGUUUUCAAUAACUGCUUAUGUAAAUUUAUAAAGCAUGUGGAUCAAACUAGAUUGUAAAAGAAUUACUUGAAAUAGCCUAUGACCUUAUAAUAAAAUUACAGUUCAGCUUAAAGCCCCAUACAGUUAAGCUAAGGUAACUGUGCCCUGAAGUUUUAAAUUGUUUGAAAAAAAUUACCAGUAGGGGACUUCUGUAUUAUUAUUAUUAUUGUUAUUAUUAUUAUUAUUACUAUUAUUAUUAUUAUACCACAUUUAUAUAGCACUCUUUUCAUGCACAUGUACACGUUCAAAAGUGCCACUGCAAUACUCAGUCACUUGUUUUACUCGGGAAAUUUGGUUGAAGUUUGCAUGCAAGUUAUUAUUAUUGCCAUAAUAAUAUUUGAUAUUGUUAUAAAAUAACAUAACUGUUUACCUGACUAUUAUGCUCAUCUUACCCCUUAUUGGACAAAGAAAUUAACAAAUUGUCAAACACACGGUCCAAUGGGCAUCUCCGGGCCGGGUAAUGACUGCGACAUAAGAUUACUAUUAUUAUAUACCAGAUCUAUAUAGCUUCUGUCCAUAACAAACACGUUCAGAGGGGCUCUACAUAGCAUGUUGUUAGGUGUUGGAGUAUGUAGUAAAGGCGAUAUUUUUGGAAGUUUAAUUGCAGGGUUUAAUCUCAUUACGUUUUAGCUCAUUUUUAGCUCAGCUAUUCUACUCACCCUGUUGCCAGCGUCAGUGUCACACCUUUCUUAAAGUUUUGCAUGCAAGUACAUAUAGCUGUCAUCUAAAGGCAUAUAGCUUUGAAACAUAUUUUCUUCUUUUUUCUAGGUUAAUUACCAACCUCACUGAGUCAAGUCCCAUAACUCUGACAUGUAUUUUGGCCAAAUUAUGCCCUCUUUAGGCCUUAGAAAAUCCUAGUUAAAGUUUUGUGUGCAAGUUACUAUCUCCAAAACUAAUGAAGAUAAUGAAUUGAAACAUCAUGUCAUGAUGUUUCUUGGGGAUGAAAAACUAGGUGAUAACAUGAUGUCCCAUAAGGCUGACAAGUAUUUUGGCCAGAUGAUGCCCCAAUUUAGACUUAAAAAUUCUUCAUUAAAGUUUUGUAUGUUACAUGAUGUAAUACCUGUUAUUUAAAGACAUACAGCUUUUAUUUUUUAUUUUUCUAGGUCAGUUACAGACCUCAUAAUGUCAUGAUCAAGUCCCAUAACUCUGACAUGUAAUUUGGGCAAAUUCUGCCCCCUUUUGCAUUUAAAAAUCCUAGUUAAAGUCUUGCAUGCAAGUAACAAUCUCCGAAACUUAAGCAGAAAUUUAUUUGAAACUUCACAUGUGUCUUUGGGGUUAUAGAACUAGGUGAAAGUGUCUAGACCCGUAACACUGACAUUUAUUUUUAGGCCAGAUUAUGCCCCAUUCUGGACUUAGAAAAUCCUGGUUAAAGUUUUGCAUGCAAGUUACUGCCUCCAAAACUACUGCAAAUAUUAUAUUGGAACUUUACACUUUUCUUCGGUUCAUAGCAUCAAAUUAUAUAACUCUGACUUGUAUUUUGCAAAAUUUUGUUCCCUUAUGAACUUAAAACUUCUGGUUAAAGUUUUGCAUCCAAAACUAAUGCAGAUACUGGAUUGAAACUUUAUAGAUACUUCAACAUUCAGGGUAAUAUAUUCUUGCUUCUGGAACAAUUUGAAUAGUCGAGCAUUGUCUGUAGUAUGGACAGCUUUUGUUAAAUGUAGUCGUGUCACAUAUAAAUCUUCUUGACAAAGCUCUGAUGGGAAAUGUAUUAAAGUUAGUUCAACCAAUAACCUUGUAUAAAUGUGUCCCAGAACAAUCAGGAAACUUGUUUUUUCAUGGAGAAAGAAUGUUUUUGAUAUUUUGUAUAUUAGAUUAUUUCAGCUUUUUAGCCCAUUUUACCAGCAAGUGUAGUGUUGUUUUUUUAUUCCUUUACAUUCAUGAUAUUGUUUUAAGGUAAACAGAAUGUGCUGUAUUUUAGAUGUUUGUUUAUUCAGAUUGUUUUUAAGAUUUUGUAAUACCUUUACAUUAUGACUAAUUUGGUUUACUGCUGAUUUUAUACAGGUCAUUUGUAACAAAUAAAGUUUUAUAUAUA